AGGCCCUCCGUUUCCAUGACGAUGGCAGCCUGGCCCAGGGCCACAGGCUUCACUCGGCUCAGCGGCGCUCCUCGGGUGAAAGGAGCCUACGUUAUAUCUCCGAAGGCGAAGCUGCUUCUGCGAGGGACGGAGUAGGUGCAGGGACGUCGCCGCCCUCGAGAAUGAAACAUGUCUUCGCCCUCUAUUGUGUCAUUAAGCUGGGGAGAAAUGAAAGUUGAGGGCAGUGACACUUUAUACAAGGAUUGUAAAGUCUGGCCAGGAGGGAAACGAACAUGGGACUGGCGAGAGACAGGAACUCAGCAUCGUCCUGGAGUUCAGCCAGCUGAUGUUAAUGAAAUUGUAAAUAAAGGUAUCCAAACACUUGUCAUUGGAAGGGGGAUGGAAAAGGCAUUACAAGUGCCUGAGGAGACAUUGGCUUUCAUCAGAAGUAAGGGCAUUCAUGCCUUAGUUCUGCAAACGGAAAAAGCUGUGGCACAGUAUAAUAAAUUGGUGAAAGAGGGGGUUGCUGUUGGAGGAAUCUUCCAUUCAACCUGCUAAAGUAUCCUGUUAUUACACUUCAUGUCUUGAUUUUACCAAAGGAGAAUAACUCACUUUGCUUGGUUGCCAAGGUUAAGCAUUCCGUUGUAAUUUUUUUAAUGCAAGAUGAAAAAUUGAUUACAUAUGUGGACUGAAAAACUAAAACAGAUACUGGUAUUUCUAUGACAACCUGAUAGUUUCAUUCCUAGGAAACCUUGUGUUUAAAAAAAAAGAAUAUUGUCAUUAGGGAAAAGGUUAGGGCCUGAAGAGUGCCAGACUUGUAAUAACAAAGUUAAUUUAAAAAAAAAGUCUUAUUAAUAGCUACAAAUGUAUUAUUUGUUACUAAAAAUAUAAAAAGGCUGAAUGUAGCGUUGUCUAAUUGCACAAUAGAAAUGAUUGUCAAUUUCCCAGUGACCACCUACGGUGAAUUCUUUUUUUAAAAGACAAUGGUGGCUUAUUUCUGCCAGGAGGGAGAGGUUACAUGAAAAGUUUUUUUCCCCCAAGACUUUUUUUCAGGUCAGCUUUUGAUUCGGCUUGUUAUUUUCCAAAGUAAUUUUGAAGUAGUUCUCUAAUUCCCGUUAGAAAUUGUCUUAUAACCAAAUUGGUCAGCAUAAUACAAACAAUUUCCCCUGAUAUUCAAUUUGCAUUAUUAAAACAUAUGCUGGACCAUAACUAGCUAUACUAAAAGAUGGUUGGACAUUUCAUGCAGUCAGUAUUUCAUAACUUCCACUUCAAAGAUUAUUUAAACUGUAAUAAAGCAUUAUGUAAUUUCUAUUUUCGAUUUGAAUGGCUAAUAAACAUUCCAUGUUGUUUGCUGCUUAAACAUGCGUUAAAUACUGUUCUAUCACAUCUAGUCACUUCGCAUGUGUUGGAUUAUAAUCAGUACUAGAAAUUUGGGACUUCUUCAAUAUAUCUCAACGUACAGAGAUGUAGAUUUAGUUUUAAAAUGGACAAUUCCGCAAAUAGACUCUUCAUUACUAACAUAACCAAAUGACCUACAUUUCUUUCCUGCAUCCCACUGCUAAUUUGAAAGUCAAUGGAUCAACUAUUUGCUAACUGCCUUCAUUGGUAAACACCAGCUGUGGCCUGGGUAGUGAGUUUGACAAAAUAAUUUACAAGAAUUCUGAAGUAUCGAGGCUGGAAUAAGGACUCGGAUAGUAAUUAUCAACUGAUAAAUUUGACAAAAAUCUUGCAUGAAACAUUACCUAAAUGAAGUCAAAUAUGAUCUUCACAAUAAUCUCAUCAUAUAGCUAUAUAUAUAUAUACACAUACCAUCCCACAACCAAAUUAUAAGUAAUAACACUCAAAGUAUGAUAGUCUAAAUCAUUCACAAAUAGGGAUGUUACAAAAUCCUUUGCAUUACAAUUAUGCCCAUUUAAGUUAUUUUACAUUUCUUCAACUAUACUCCAGUCAUAAAUGGUUCAACAGCUAACAAGAGGAAAAUACUUCAAUAAUAUCCUCAUCUUCAACAUUGCCCAAGUCUUGGAAAUUAGUAUCAAAAUGAAAACAUUUGCAAACCAACUUUAAGAAAUUGACCCCUGCUGUCUAUAUGAGACAUGUACCUCCUUUCGAAGCUGAAUACGAAAAACUGUGAAUACUGUUAAUCUUAAAUAUAAGCACAAAAUGCCCAGUUUAACAUGUUUGAUAUCUAACUCUUCCUAUGAAAGAUAAUAAACCUGAAACUUUGA